AAUGUGUAAAUAUUUUUUGUCUACCUGAGAGUUUUGUUGGCUCUUGUUUUUGAAUAAAUAGGUUUAUCAAUCGCACAAGUACAAAACAAGUACACUUUGUUCAUCGUGGGUUGUUCGGUUUCUCUGUUACGAUUCAAUUACAUUGAUUCUCCUCGAACCCAAACCCAAACCCUAAUCGAACUUCACAAAUUUCCAUUGAUUCUUGAAAGAAGAAAAAAUUGAUACCACUCUGCAACUAUAAAAUUAAUGCCAUAGAAGAAGAAGUAAAAGCAAGAAAAAUAUGGACAAGAACUUUUCCGGAUUUGAUAAGCUUUCAGGACCCGGCACAUCUAAUAUCCGACCCCCCUCUUUUGCUUUUGGCCUCAAAGACCCUUUUUUGCGUCCUUCUUCUUCUCCCAUCAUAGCACCAAAUCCUUCUACUCCUCCACCUUCAAGACCCAGCUCCAUUGGGUCUCCUGGUUGGAGUGACGGUCAGAAUAUGUUGUAUAAAGAUUUGGGUGGCCAACCUCCUAAAAGGCCAACUUCAGUCACAACAUUUAUUGCUUCGCGUGAUUCCACAACUGGUAUUACAGGCAGAGUCUAUAGAUCUCCACAACCAGAAAGAAACCGAUCUCCUAUAUCAUAUGCGGAUAUUGAUGAUCUGAGGAGCCCAAGUCAAACUGUCCAAAGAAAUAACCGCCCAAAUUUUCUUACGGAGGAGCACAAUCACUUACUUCCUCGAACAUCACAAUCACCUCCUUUGGCGCCCUUGAAUCAUCAAUCUGUUCAGAAUUUUCGAGGUCCUUCUAUUUCUGUUCAGCAACCCACUUUAGCUUGCAGCACAUUGGAUGGACAGUCCAAUCUAUCUGUCAAUUAUCCUAACUUUUCGGUCGGUCCAGUCCAGUCCUCAGUCACUCCUCCAUAUAUUGAUUCUCAAAAUCCUCGACCUAGUUAUAAAAAAGAACUUAACAGUCAAGGUUCAAAGAGAACUAGGUCCCCUUCUUCACCAGCUACCAACAUACACGAGAAUUUUAAUGAAGCUCAGAAGGACUUUAGAAGGCCCUCUAUAUCUCCUCCUAGUUUUGGAAGAACAUCAAGUGUUCCAAAGGCCAGCCCUCAUUCUCAACUUCACCAGCCCUCAUUUAGUGUUUCGGAAGCUGCUGGAAGCAGGCCUAUCAUCUCCACUACUCCAAAAAGGACAAGGUCACCUCCUCCAUCAUUUUCAGCCAGGGAAACCUUUGAAGGAAACUCUGGUUCCUUGGAAAACAACUCUGAACGUGAAACAUCAGCCAAGGCUAAGCGUUUAGCUCGCUUUAAGGUAGAAUUAAGCAAAUCUGAACAUAAUAAUGAUGAUGUUGCAGACCAUACAGCGUCUGUGUCAGAGAAGAAACAUAUGGGGGGGAAUUUAAUGGAUUCAACUGCCAACUUUACCAAUGGCCAUGGUAUUUCUGAUAAUGAAGGCCGGGAAACAUCCAAUGUUAUUAUUGGCUUAUGUCCAGAUAUGUGUCCUGAGUCAGAGAGGGGAGAGCGUGAAAGGAAAGGGGAUCUUGACCAAUAUGAACGCGUGGAUGGGGAUAGAAAUGUGACCAGCAGGCUUCUUGCAGUUAAGAAGUAUACUAGGACAGCAGAGAGGGAAGCCAGCUUGAUCCGACCUAUGCCCAUCCUGAAGAAGACAAUUGGUUAUCUGUUAACUUUGCUAGAUCAGCCUUAUGAUGAGAGGUUUCUUCGCAUAUACAACUUCUUGUGGGACAGGAUGAGAGCAAUUCGGAUGGACCUUAGAAUGCAGCACAUUUUCAAUCAAGGAGCUAUUACUAUGCUGGAACAGAUGAUAAAAUUACACAUCAUUGCAAUGCAUGAAUUAUGUGAAUAUACUAAAGGAGAGGGAUUUUCCGAGGGCUUUGAUGCUCACCUCAAUAUUGAACAGAUGAACAAAGCUUCAGUUGAACUGUUCCAAAUGUAUGACGAUCACAGAAAGAAAGGAGUGGAUAUUCCCACAGAAAAAGAGUUUCGAGGCUAUUAUGCUCUUCUUAAAUUGGAUAAGCACCCUGGUUAUAAAGUUGAACCUGCAGAGCUCUCCCUUGAUCUUGCUAAGAUGACUCCAGAGAUAAGGCAGACACCAGAAGUUCUAUUUGCCCGCAAUGUAGCAAGAGCUUGCAGAACAGGUAAUUUUAUUGCCUUCUUUCGGCUUGCAAGAAAAGCAACUUAUCUUCAAGCAUGUCUAAUGCAUGCUCACUUUGCAAAGUUGCGUACCCAAGCACUUGCUUCUCUACAUUGCGGUCUACAGAAUAACCAAGGUCUUCCUGUUGCUCAUACUGCUAACUGGCUUGCUAUGGAGGAUGAGGACAUACAGGGUCUUUUGGAGUAUCAUGGGUUCUUGAUAAAAGCAUUUGGAGAACCAUACAUGGUGAAAGAAGGCCUGUUUCUCAAUGCUGAUACUGAAUACCCCACGAAGUGUUCCAAACUUGUGCACAAGAAAAGGUCUGAGAGGAUAGUUGAGGAUGUUUCACCCUCAAUUCACGAGAUUCAGAUGACUAAAGCAUACAAGCAUGAGCCCCAGACAGUUUCAGCUGCUGAAAACAAUAAUUAUGUCCAGAAGCUUGAUGAGGAAAUUCAAGAAUCUAAAGCCAUUUACUCUCCAAAGGAAAAUAAAUCAGGAAAGGCAUUUAAUGAAAUGCAAGAUAUUCAUGACACUGUGAAAGAUUAUGAUAUGGCCAGCACUCCUCCAUCACCAUUGAGCUUCCCCUUUGAUAACAUUAUGCCUGAACUGCAACAUACAAGAAUUGGCGGUUUGAAGAGUACAAAUUCUUUUAAAGCUUUUGAAGCUUCCCCAAGGAGACACUCACCCUCUAAUGUGGAUGUCAGGCCAUCGGAGGUUAUACCAAAAACUAUUCCACCAGAAAGUUCAAUAGCUAAUAGUUUUUCUUUGCCACCUCCUGGUGUCCAGACUGUAUCCGAGGAUGAUUCUCUGUUUAUUCACCAAGAACAUGAAGAUGAAAUUCAUCAAGUUGACACUGUGUUUAUUCACCCUGAAUAUGAAGAUGAAAUUCAUGAAGUUAGAGAAAGUUGUCACGAUGAAGAAGUUGCUGAGGCCAAGCUGAAGUUGUUCUUAAGGUUAUGGAGGAGACGGGUGUCAAAAUUAAAGAUGUUAAGGGAAGAGAGGCAAUUAGCAUCAAAUGCUGCACUGAACUCAUUACCAUUGGGCCCCCCAAUUCGACAUUGUAUAGAAAAUACUGGUUACUUUGACAAGUUUGAUAUUGAUACAACGAUGAGGGAAAGAUAUGAAAAACAGGAAAACUCACGGUCAAGACUUAAUGUUUCUAAUAUAGUUGGCGAUACACUAGGCAGAAGAAAUCCAGAUGCUAAAUGCUUGUGCUGGAAAAUUAUUUUAUGCACUCAGAUGAGCAGUACACAUGAAAUGGGGACCGCAGGCUUGUGGUUAACAUCGAAGUUAAUGCCUUCUAGCGAUGAUGAUGUGAUGAUUUCAUCUCCUGGCUUGGUAAUAUGGAGGAAAUGGAUUCCUAGUCAAUCUGACAUUGAUCCUACCUGCUGCCUCUCUGUACUUAGAGAUACAGCAGUUGGUAGUCAAGAUGAGGUAGUAUCAGGGGCAAGUGGAAUUUUGUUUCUAGUGUCUGAGAGCAUCUCUUGGAACCAUCAGAGAGUUCAUCUCCAUAAUCUUUUGAUGUCAAUUCCCUCUGGUGCUUGUUUGCCUCUACUGAUCCUUUGUGACUCAUACAAUAAUUCCUCUUCUGUUAUAUUCAAUGAACUGGGCCUUCAAGACAUCGAUAAAUUGCGUGUUAGUAGCUUUCUUCUUGUUUUUCUCAGGGAAAACCAGCAGAGAAAACACAUGGAUGGAUUUUUCAGUGAUACCCGGUUAAGAGAAGGGCUGCAAUGGCUGGCAGGUGAAUCACCCUCACAACCCAACCUCCAGUGUGUGAAAAUACGAGAACUUGUUCACACACACAUUAGUUCCUUCUCAGGGGUGCAGGACAUCAUUAGUAACUCCAAGUUGGGCCCUAAUGAUUGCAUCUCAUUGUUCAAUAAAGCCUUGGAUUGUUCAAUACAAGAAAUAGUUGCUGCUGUGAAUUCAAAUCCUGUUGGUUGGCCAUGUCCAGAGAUUGGUUUACUUGGCAAGUCUUAUGAUGAAGAUAGAGUAAUAAAAUGUUAUUUGCCAACUUUGGGAUGGAGCUCAAAUGUGAAAGCUCAACCUAUCAUCCAUGCUUUGCAAAACUGUAAGCUCCCUACUUUUACCGAUGAUUUAUCGUGGUUGGCCAGAGGUUCAAAACUUAGGCAGGAGAUCGAGAAUCAGAAGACACAGCUUGAGAAUUUCUUGAUCCAGUACCUGACUCAUACUGGUAAUAUGAUGGGAAUAUCAUUGGCAGCAAAAGAGGCGCAUGUCAUAACACAAAGAUGUGCUAGACUUGAGUUGUGUGGCACAAGCUACCGUGUAGUUCCACAUUGGGGUAUGAUUUUUCGUCGAAUUUUUAACUGGCGAUUAAUUGGUUUAUCUAGUAGGGGGGAAGUUUCCUCUGCUUACAUCUCAGAAUGUCAUCACAACGUUGCUCUUCAAAAUGUGGGCACGGUAGCAUGUUUAUCGCCGCCUUAUUAUCCGGAUAUAUCUUUAGAUGAAAUGAUCAGUCUUAGCUGUGACUUUCCUCUUGCUAAUGAUGGGCGGCCUAGGCCCGAAGCACUUCAACGUCUUCCACAGAUGGAUUUUGAUGAUGAAACUACUAACUCGAGGGACGCUGAAAGAAAUCUUCGACUUGAUGAGUUGCCUAGCAUGACCACAGCUAGCAUGUAUGAUAUCAACAAUGCGAAAAGUGAAGCUUUAAUGAGUAGGCAACCAAACAAAGAAGCUGAUAAGUUAAGCAAGCUGUUGGAGCAGUGUAACUUGCUGCAGGAUGGCAUAGAUAAGAAGCUGUUUGUAUACUUCUGAUAGGCACCUAUCUUUUUUUUGUUGCCCGUGUAUGUAUCUUUCACUAAAGCAAUAUUAAUUCAAUGCUGGUUUACAUGCAA